UCUGUUCCACUUACACUUGCUGUGUUGUCUUCUCAGUCCCCCAGGUGGUGGUGGAUUCAGGGGUGGAGUCUGUCCUGUUGGACUGUAGAACCACACUUAAGUUACGUGAAGGUGCUAAAGUGGAGUGGAGAGACGCUUACAGGAAGGUCCAUGUGUAUCAGGAUGGCUCGACUAAGCCAGAGAAACAGGAUCAGGUGUACAGAGGCCGAACAGAGAUGAAUAAAGAUGCGCUGAGGACUGGAGACCUCAGUCUGACCCUGAGAUACCCCACAAUCACAAACAGCUACACCUGCACCCUUUAUGACAGGGAGGAACACAUCCUGCUGAAGAAACAAGUGGUGCUCAAUGUCAGAGUUUACCAGGUGGCCGUGGAUUCAGGGGAGAUGUCUGUCCAACUGCCCUGUGAAACCACACUUGAGUUGCCUCAUGAUGCUAAAGUGGAGUGGAGAGACACUUACAAGAAGGUCCAUGUGUAUGAGGAUGGCUCUAAUAAACCAGA